ACAGCCUCAACUACAACAUCAUCAUGGUGGCACCGGCGGUGGCAAACGGGCUGGUUGUGUUCGACUACGACUGGAGCUUGAUCAACGACGACUCGGAUUUCUUCGUGUUCCAGCAGUUGCAACCGGCCGUGCUCGAGGAGUUUGCGCACCUCGUGCACGAUGGCGCGCCCUUGACAAAGGCCGUCGACGAUGCGUUGGGGAGAUUGACCUGCACCAAGGAAACCCUCGUGGAGGUCAUGGCGCGCGUGCCUGUGCAGCCAGGCAUGGUGGACGCCGUGCGCUUGGCCCAUGAGAAGGGCUGGGACGUGGCCAUUGUCAGCGACGCCAACACGGUGUACAUCCAGAGCAUGCUGGCGCACCACCAGUUGACGUCCAUCAUCUCUCAAGUGUUCACGAACCCGUCGUCGUUUCAAGGGGAUCGGCUCCGCGUAUCGCCAUUUCACUCGGCAGAGCGUCCGCCCCAUGGCUGCCCUCGAUGCCCGUCCAACAUGUGCAAAGGGGCCAUCUUGAAGCAUCUCAAAAGCUGCCACUCGUACGGCAAAGUGCUGUAUGUUGGCGACGGCGAAGGCGACUACUGUCCUACAACGUCUCAGCUUUCGUCCCACGACGUCGUGUUUGCCCGGGAAGGAUGCGAAUUGCUCCGGCGUAUCCGCGCCGAUCCCGUCACCGCGCGAGUCGUGCCAUGGAGCACUGGGCUCGACAUCCUUGCUGGCUUCCACUGCCAUUUGAACAUCGAGUCGGCUUCACGUUAGUUCGUACACGAGGCAUAGUACAUGUCCAUCCAGCCGUAGCAGACUAAGUACAAUUCAUCCUGAUACACAAAC